AAAAAGUAAGACGUGAAAAUUUGGACAUUAGGAUUUGACGGAAAGAAGGGAGGACAAAGCACAACGAUGACCCAAAUUACGAUCAGCUGAGAAGAGCGUUGGAAACCGCUACGAUGGUGCACGCGAUCGUUCCUAAGAGAAAUAAUCUGCUGUUAUUAAUGAGCUUCGUAUCGCUUUUCGGUCCAACUAGUGCAAGGUCGCUGGGUCUAUAUUUGGAUCAAAAUAAGUUAGUAGAGCUUCUUACAUCAAGCGGACCUUCACCCACAACACCACCUCUAGCCUCCAGUCCAUCAUUCACUAGCGCAAACCAAGUAGGAACUUCAGCUUCGGAGUCUGAAGUAAAGGAAGUGAUUUCAGCAAGUCAAUUAUGGCCCUUUUGGCCCCUCAUUGAAAGCAACAAAAGCCACGGUAAAAGUUCUAACCAAGAAGACGCCUGGGAGAUCUACAGAGUUUUCAAGAAAAUGUGUUGUGAGUUUUUGGUUAACGAAGAAUAUACUCACGCGGUUGAAGAAUACCUUGAACAAACGCGCAGGUCUGCACAGUUUAAAGACUUCAAAUCUAUUGGUUUGGACGAGUCACUUCUCAUGGAAAUACGGGCCUUCCUAAAUACCUUGCUUGCUAAUGCAUAAAUUUAAUUUUUGCGAGUUUCAAAAAUUUGCUCUAAUUCAUGCUGCAUUGCUUGGAUAUGAAUUAGAUAAUCGGUCAUGAUUGACCGAUUCACAGACAAAUUAUAGGUGGAAAUUAAUAGGAUUUGAUCAAUGAAAAGCAUGCUUAUGAGUCUAGGGGUAGACCACUUCAGAUUUAUACGCGUGUGAAGACUUGCAGUUAUGUAUCCUUAGUUCUAAGUGUUAGAGAAUAUUGGGAUAAACGUUCGCAUUCCACCCUUGAACUUAAUUUGCCGGGACGUAUUUUUGAUUAUAGGUAUUGCGAUCAUUCAUCUAUUGGCGGAAGUCGUGUUACUAGCCUAGAAAGUCGAAAAUAUAUCCUUAGACAAUAGAUCUUUGGAAUAAAUUAUUCACAUUUAUUCCAAUUAUUCAUUUAACAUACGCCAUUCAGAGAAUUACCACAGUCUCAUGGGUCAUCUUCUUUAACCUAUUCAGAUUUCAAAAUUGAAAGUCGUUUGCUGCAUCGAAACAAAAUUUGAUUUUUAGAAAUGCAGUUGCUUCCUUGAGCUGUUUCAUCAUUCACGUGAUUAGGGUUCAUCGCGUGUACGUUGGCGGUCUACUGUGAAAAUGAAUUCAAAUGAUUAGAAAAAUAAAAAAAGCAAUACGUUGUACGAUCGCAGUUAGAUUGAGAGUAAACUAUGAACUUGAAUUGCCUGUCACUCAUAUUGGAUUUUUAACAAAAUUUCGGUGGUUAAAUUCAUCAGUAGGCGACAGAAAAUUGUUAGGGUAAAUCGUCAGGAGCACCGUUGUUUACUAAAAUCCUGAAUUCAGCAGCGUUGAAAAGUGCAAGAUUUCAUAUCAGCGGAUCAGGAUACUUUGAUACGUUAUUCUGUAGAAUUCUGUAACUUGCAUGAUACGAAGGACCUACAACGGUGCAAUUAUUUAUAAAGUUCUACGGCCAUAUGAGCUUAAUCAGUGUAUUUAACCCAAUUUCGAUUGCAAGAAUAUGAAGCGGAAAAGUUUGAGAGGCAAAAUGUAGUGUUACUGCCUGUAGGCACGUUGAGGUUUGCGAAGAUCUAUCCGUAAAAAGAGUGGAACUAUUUGUUUAUAAAAUCAGGAAAUGGAGGUGAAAUCUCAACUAAUUGAAAUGUGUUUAAUUACGAAGAAUUUUUGACGAAUAUAUAAACGUGCUUGGAUAGCCAUCAUAUUUUUCAGAAUGUGAAUUUGGAGUUAUUUGCACGUUUGUUUGUUCCAAGGCUGGUUCCGGAAAUAUUCACAAAUUCAUCUGACUUCAAAAAUUUUCAAAAAUUGUUUCAUAAGUUAUAGUAGAAUUCACAAGCAUAAGAAUUACGCUAUUUGAAAAGAAACGACAGGAAGUUUUCAUUCAAGCUACCUGAAUAAAAGUCAGCUGAUGGCUGAAUGCGGCCGUGUUCACUCACGCGUCUACGAGGUCAGCCUCGCUACGGCGCCUCUGCGGUCAACAAGCGCAGCCUGAGUCCGGAUUGGCCGGUCAUUAAGGGCUGGGAGGUCAUGACACGAGGGUGGUGCUUCAGUGGCCUCUGUGUGUGUUACGAACUUCAAAGCUAUCGAAAAAUUCUAGAAUUCGAUGUAAGGAGUUUGCAUGUAAGUUCAGCGGUCCAAAUUGCAAGCCUGUGUCAAGAGUGAGGAGAGCAAGAUAAAUAUCUAGAUGAAUUUUGAUCCGCUGCUACUGAACAUUUUAUUUAUGGACCCAGAAACUUUGACUAAACAUUCUGAGUUGGGAUGGAAACGCGAAGAGACGAAGAGCGCGCAGCUAGCGCCGGAGGAGGAUGAAGUUGUACCAAAAAAAUCAAAUAAACGUCGGUUUCACGAAGACAUCGAGAAAAACAAAUUCGACGCCACUUCAUUUGACGCUACCAAGUUUGAUGCCACUAAAUUUGACGCUUCCAAGUUCGAUGCCACCAAGUUCGACACCAACAAGUUUGACGCUACCAAGUUCGAUGCCACCAAGUUCGACACCAACAAGUUUGACUCUACCAAGUUCGAUGCCACCAAGUUCGACAUCAACAAGCUUGAAGCUACCAAGUUCGAUGCCACCAAGUUCGACAUCAACAAGUUUGACGCUACCAAGUUCGAUGCUACCAAGUUCGAUGCCACCAAGUUCGACAUCAACAAGUUUGACGCAACCAAGUUCGAUGCCACCAAGUUCGACGCUUCAAAGUGCGAAUCCACAGAGUUAAACGCCACAAAGUUUAACAGUUUCUUUCCCCUUUCUUUUCCAUCUUUUAAUCGAGAUAGAGGAAUGGGAUAUCAGCAUUCCGAAGAAACCUUUCCCUCCAAAAAAAUUAGCGACAACAGGUGUUUGAGAUUGCCACUGAGUUCCAGUGGGAACUCGGAGAUGCCGCCAAUGAUUUUCCCGAAUUUUAAUCAAGCUCGCUCGGGACAAAGCCGGUUCUCCGUCGUGAAAACGGAAAACGUAACGCCAAAUUACCGUCCGAUUUUGCCGGCGCUCCCAUUUCAUAAUUUUCAUCCCCUGUUUCCAUCGUGGCUUGGGGAAGGAUUCCCUCCACUGCUGCUGCCACCAGUAAACGCAACCUCAGAUUCCUCUCUUGUCUCAAAUGUCGUCCAGUGCGACACAAAAGUAGGAGAAAGUGAAGUACAAAAGCCAGAUAAUCUGAUGCAAAAGCACGUGAAUCUGACGUACAUAGCAGCGUCACCUUCGAGCCCAGUGAGUGUUGACGGCAGCGACGUUACUUCGGAUGACGCAACAGAAGCCAAACGGAAACGUAACAACGAAGCGGCCAAGAAGUCGAGAGAUGCGAGGAGGGAGAAGGAAGACCGCAUCGCGAUCAAAACUGUGGUACUGCAACUUGAGAACAGUAAACUUAGGGAGCAAUACGAACUUCUGUAUCAUGAAUAUCAACGCAAGAAAAAAAUCAUCGAAAGCUUAAACCUUCGAUGAAUAACAUUGCUGAAUCUGUAAGUACUGUAUCUGAGAGAAUUUAAAGCGUAAUGAAUUAGGUCAAUAUUUUCAGAAGUUUAUUUGUGAGGCCGAUUAAUAUGACAUUGACGUUCUGCUUGAUGAAUUAAUGUUAUAGGAGGCCAAAGUCACAGAAAAUAAAUUACGGAUUUAUUGAUAAUCGUUAUACCUUAGUCGUUAACUGUCUUCAUUUGUGUGACAACUGGAGUAUAGUCGGUGUGAACAGCAACGUGUUUUUAGAAGAAUAUUUGAAUUAUUUAACUUUUGAGAGUGGCAGUAUAACAUUUCUGCAGUGAAAUAAUGUGCAAUAAAACGUGCGUGUGUUUAUGCAUGCGUUUUCAAGAAGUUCGCGAACUGAAAACGAUCAAUAGGCGAGCAUGCAGGAAUUUCAGUGGAAAGGCAGUAAGAUUGCGAUCUAAAAUCUGUCGGCCACAGAAAUGCAGAUUAUAAUUUCAGCAGAAAACACAUCGUUUAGUUGAGGCGAAAUAUUCAUGGACUCUUUACUGAAUUCGAGGCAAUGAAUUAAUAGUUAACGAAAUUCUUUAGAAAUCACAACGCUGUCGGUGACUCCCGAAAGCUUUUGUAAAGAGUUUGCGCGUCUAAAAUUUGGUAAUAGACGGUGGCAAAUAUUGCUCCCGAUGCGAACAGCAACUGUGUUGAACACACAGCAAUGAAGCUUGUCCCAUUCAGUUCAGUUACUAUUGAUGAUUAUAUUUCCGCUUUGCAAUGGUUCUAUUGAACGUAUAUUGACCUAACAAAUGUUGUGCCUCAGUUCGCCUUUUCAUGGAGCGGGAAGCCAUGUUUACGUGGCGACCCUUGCCAAAAGGCCAGCGUGAUUCAUUCACUCAAUGGGGCACAUAUUUGUCCUUUGUCACUUGUAAUUGUGGUGCCGUGUUGAAAUAGAAUUAUUAUUACGAGUCAAGCCGUGCUCGACCAGAGACUUGGUGCUGCCUUCUGUUGUUAUUAUCGAUACAGCGAAGAUUUUUGUGCAAGCGACGUGACGUUAUAUUUUGAUUAUUAAUGCUGCUUUGUGUGUGAAUAUCAAGUAAGUAUAUUAGAUAACGGCUCAUUUACAAAUUGGUGUCAAAUAUUGGUGGAGUAAUUUUUCAGGGAAUUUUAUAUCUAUUGUAGAUAUUUUAAAAUCUUAUUCGGAUACACCCAUUUCAAUAGCUUAUUGAAAAAGCGAGCCACCAAAAAAUAGCGGGUUAACAUUUCGAUAAUGCAAACAUGAUCGAACCUUCGAUCUAAAAUUAGAUCGAAUAUUAGCUAGCAUAUUAGAUCGAUGGUCAUGCAUCGUGAGUAACAAUGGAAGCACAUUCGCCCAACGAAAGUCACAUCACACAUUAAAAAGUAAAAAAAAACUUAGCUUAAAUUGAACAAAGCUGAGCUUAGAUAAAGUUGAGAUUUUUAUAUCGUCAGGUAUGAAUAGCGUAUUAACAGUGAACUAAUUUUUCAUCAGAUGCGCUGAAAAAUCGUACCACAAUAUUAGAAAUCUCUGUAUCUACUCACGUUUAAUACGCGGAAUUUAUUAUUAAUAUAAUAUUAAUGUAUGUUAACAAUCGAUAUGGCUGAAUGUGUAGUUGAAGUUAACUCUUGUUUUGAUAGUCUUCAAAACCUUCACUACGUACCUAAUACGUUACUUAUUAUCUCACAUUGAUUCUGCUGUCAUUGUUUUGGCUGCUCAAAGUGUUAGUAUUAGCUUUCUUUAAAUAUUAAUAGAUAUUAAGCUUUAUUGUUUUUAAAAAAAAUUUUGAAACUGUCCAUAUGACAAAUGUACUGUAGUGAUAUUCACAUUUACUUUCCUGACAUGGCACACGUACGAAUAACGUAUUGAGAACGUGUAAUAAACUAUGUAUUUC